AUCACCGCCGACGACAUCGCGCGGGCCCAGAAGGAGUGGGGCGACCGCCUCAUCGCCAUCGGCAAGAUCUACACGGACGGCGGCGACUACGUCACCGCGGGCCAGGACACGCUCGACGACUUGUACGGCUACCAGAGCGGCCUCCAGGUGCUCUUCAAGCCCACCAAGGCGUCGAACAAGGCGAUCCGCCUCGUCGAGGCCGAGGCCGCGUCCUACUUCGUGGGCAACGGCUGCGAGAAGGAGGACCACGGCUUCGCGAUCACGCCCUUCACGGCCGUCGAGUGGGACAACAAGGGCUGCAUCUUCUACGGAGAGACCGCGACGGCCAUGGGCGAGUACUACUUCACGGACGCCGGCGGCGGCGUGACCAAGGCCGAGUACACCUUCCAGUACACCAAGGUCGCCGACGGCUCCCUGAAGAUCGUCGUCCACCACAGCAGCCUGCCCUACGCGCCCCACUAG